UCCGUCCUACUCUGCGUCAUUACAGAGAAGUCUAGUGCAUCGGUCACGCCAAUGCAAUGAUAUUUGGGACAAACAAGGCCGUAACCGAUGUCAAGAGGAAUUAUUUUACGUAUUAGAAUACGCCGAUCGCGCAUAAAUGCAAGACGCGGACUGUCGCGAACGUAAAGCAACAAUUUUAUGCCAUUUUUGGCUGAUUUGCAGCUGAGCCACGGUGUCAACACAAAGGCCUAUGAAGCCUGUUAGCACUGAUUCCUCAGCUAGCAGCUAGCAGGUGGCCAACAUUUGCUGCAUCAAACCUGACGGGCGUAUCAUUUUAAUGUUCUAUGUAUGACUCAGUUUAUUCCGAAAGGUAAGAAGGAGUGUUAGUGUUUUCUUCUCCCUUCACGAUCAUGGAGGAACAGAAUGCAGUGGUUAUGCAGCAGAAUUCGGACAGGAGCUGCUGGGUUUGCUUUGCCACAGAGGAAGACGACCGCACAGCAGAGUGGGUGCGACCGUGUCACUGUCGUGGCUCCACCAAGUGGGUUCACCAAGCCUGCUUGCAGCGCUGGGUGGAUGAAAAGCAGCGUGGCAACAGCACCGCACGCGUGGCCUGUCCACAGUGCAACGCAGAAUACCUGAUCGUCUUUCCCAAACUAGGUGUGUUGAUCUCCCAAGGUCCAGUGGUCUACGUCCUGGACCUGGCUGACCGUCUCAUCUCUAAGGCCGGUCCAUUUGCAGCAGCCGGGAUCAUGGUGGGCUCCAUCUACUGGACUGCUGUCACCUAUGGGGCUGUGACUGUCAUGCAGGUGGUGGGCCAUAAGGAGGGUCUGGACGUUAUGGAGAGGGCUGACCCAUUGUUCCUGCUCAUUGGCUUACCCACAAUCCCUGUCAUGCUGAUCCUUGGCAAGAUGAUCCGCUGGGAAGACUAUGUUCUGCGUCUGUGGCGGAAGUACUCCAACAAACUGCAGAUCCUCAACAGCAUCUUUCCAGGGAUUGGCUGUCCUGUCCCUCGGAUCCCAGCGGAGGCCAGCCCUCUGGCCGACCAUGUAUCAGCCACACGGAUCCUGUGUGGCGCUCUGGUCUUUCCCACGAUUGCCACCAUUGUGGGGAAACUCAUGUUCAGCAGUGUCAACUCCAACCUGCAGAGAACUAUUCUGGGUGGCAUUGCUUUUGUUGCCAUCAAAGGAGCUUUCAAGGUGUACUUCAAACAGCAGCAAUACAUGAGACAAGCCCACCGCAAGAUCCUCAACUUCCCUGAGCAGGAGGAAGCCUGAGGAGAUGGAGCUGUCCUGAGAUAGAGCAGCUGGAAGGACUGACUGACACAGACACACACAGACAAACUGGUAAGGAUAGAGGAAGAUGUGGAAGUGUUGGUCAGACCUGGAGCAGGAAGUGACUUGGAAUCAGUGUGACCUUCAUUUACUUCCCCGUCAAGGAUUCCCACAUCUGUUGCUGUCCAUUUUAAUCUCCUGAUGCUUCUGAUGGGUGAGGAUGGAUGACAACUGUGGACACACAGACACACACAUGCUACAUAAAGAAUUUGUGUCGGGUGGAUACGUGACUAAUAACUAUUGUAAACUUAACUGUAUUUUAAAGAGAGAAAAUAUGGGGAAUGUGUAAUUAUGAAGUUUUAUAUGAAUAAUAAAUGAUUGUUUUAUAUCAUGGUUAUUUUGAAAACUUUUGCCAAUGUUGAGAGGGUUCAUAUUGAAUAAGGAAAAUAUUUAGUGUAAGGAAUGUAUUAACCAAUAAAGAAUAAAACGUGUUUAACUGUUAUGAAUCAUGAUGCAGUACAUUUACAGAAUCAUUUCUGAAUUUCUGAAGAUGCUGUGACUGUAACUGUAUCCAUCCUGACACUGUUUGCAAAAUAGAAAAAAGCUAAAGGUACAGUAGGCAAGUUGGGUUUUUUUUCAGUAACAAAGCACUUGGUGCAGUACUCUUCCACCAGGAGGAGCUGUAAACACAGCCCUGUUCAGUUGUUUAGAUCAGUGACUCCCAACCACUGUUCCACAGCACAUUAUCCAAUUUCACUGAUUUGGUCUAAAAGCUAUUAUUUGUUUAUGGCAAAUAAUUUGUCUUUGUUUGUCUAUGUGACCAUAACAGGUCAAACAAUUAAAUUACAAUAAAAAAUAAAUAAGACUGACUUAGAGUGGUGAAGAUUGUGUGUCUUUCUUCAAUUCCUGCAAGUCAGUACAUCAGUGUGUGUGUUCAACUAAACAUGCCGUGGUUUCACACUGAUUAUAUAAGCUGGGAGUGAAUUGAAAGAAGAUGAUCAUUAAAUUUCAUUACAUAUACUUUUUUCUAAUGACAGUAUGUGCUAUGGCUCAAAAUGGUUGGGAAGUGCUGAAUAAACCUGUGUGGUUUGUUGUCAUUGUUUCGUAUGAAUCCUAAAACUAAAACAAACUCUUGUUUUGACUGAUUGCUGCUUAACAAAGAUAGAAAUAUCAUGGAGUGUAAAACAUGCCAGAACUAGUUAUAAUCUCAGCAGGACAGGUGUAGGUGACACUGUCCUGUCUGUGGUACUUGCAUACUGGGGGUCCACUGAUGAGUGAAUCCGUACUCCUCCACAGCUCUGCUAAUUGACAUCACAAAAACAAAACCGAUCCUUCAAGUUCAGCUUUAGGACUUAAUAUUAGACUUAAUUGAAGUUAAUUGACACAGAGGGCAGCAUUGCUGCAUUUUUACCCAGUACGAUUUACUUCAUUUGAGCUAUUAGAAACAGCUUUCCUUUGUCUACGAGUCUGUUUGUUUUAGUGAACCUCCAGUGUACGCUAUCUUUAAGUUUGAGCAUUUGUUUUUCUUUCACGUACUUUUGCAGUGUUGACGUCUGUAGCUUUACCUCCUCUUCAGUGUGUAUCAAAGCUCCGUCACUCUUUGCUGCACCUGCAGGAUCGUUGGAGCUCCUGCAGCAUGCUACCAUCAAAUGCUCUCCACCAGCUGUGGACGCUCAGUCCUACAAAACAUUUUUUUUGCAUCAAAAGGAAGACAUUCAAUCUUCUGGUUGCAGCUCUGAAAUGUGAAACCUUGAUUUCUGUCUUAGUUCUAUUUAGGGUGACCCCAUUCACCCGCACCGCACCCUCCCUGACUUCCCCGUGUCCCCUUCUUAUGAUGAUUGGACAUUGGCUUUGUGUGGACUACAGCUCAGGACAAACCUGGACAUUGACAAGUUAAGGGGAGUCAGUGAAGCAGGCGGCACUUGUGUGCAAAUUAUAGACUCAUCUUUACAAGAAGCCAUGUUUUCUCAAGUUCUUUUAAAAAAAAGCCAUUUGUUUGUUUUUAAGGCUUAAGACUCAGUUGUAAAGUCCAAAAAAUGGGUUCUACCCUAAGUGUUAUUUCAAGAAUGGGUAAAGACAGACAGGAGAGUUGUUAAAAGGGUCUUAAAGGCUCAACAAAGUAAUAUUUAAGUCAAAUUUAAACAUUUUAAUAACAUUUACUUAGUAGCAAUGUGAAGUUUGUGCAUUAAAUUCAACAAAAUAUUAGUAAUGUAAAAAAAAAACAUUUUAAUGCAAAUUAAACAUCUGCAUUAAAAUUUUUUUUUUUACUCAGCUCACCAACCUGCAGUUUUAGGGAUUCAAUUUAAUUUUGGACUUUUGCAUGUUUUCUAAAAGCUCAUGGUUUGGAAACAAAUAUUGAGAAUGUAGACAGAUGACAUUACAAUACUUUUUGUAUUGCAGUCCCAGUCCUCAUUUAUCUGCUUCCUCCAGUCAGUAGCUGGACAUCAAUCGUACAGGACCUCCUGUGAAGAGGAUUCCUUUUAACCCUCCCACGCAUUUCAACUGUGCCUGCAUCAGUACCACAGCCUUCCCUGCAAAUCUACUGUAACUCUGCCAAAAUAAGUGUGAACUCUGUGUGAACGCCGCCAUCACUUCUGACUCGAUGGUGUUUAAUGGUAAUCAGUUCUGUGAAUAAAUGUAUUUUUUCAAA